GUUGAGCGAAACCGGACAGCCACACCACACCCACGGGAACAAAGAUGGGCUCGCCCAGGGAAGAGAAGCAAUCAGCCGCCAGCUUGUGCCCAGCAGAUUCAGAUGGUUCCCGGAGCCGUGGCCGUGGGCGCUGCGUACGAGUUUGCACGUAAAGGCGCUGGGACAGCUCCUCGCAUGCGAUGCGACGCAUGCGAGCCACUUCACACCACGGCCUACGCAAAGCCCAGCUCGCGCAUCAGUGAAUGACGUGAUCGGAAAGGCUUUUUAUGCAAUACCGCUGGCGCCAGUGACGGGACGAUGGUACCGCGGUGCGGGAUAUAGUACUGCGAGGGGUCCCAGGGUCUACUGACAGCUGUGUAUCUUUCCCCUCCUUCGCAAUUUCUUGUCACAGACCCGUCACGAUGGCUGAGGAACUCUCCAAGAACUUUGAAACGCUGCAAUUGCAUGCUGGACAGUCGCCGGAUCCGACGACCAAGUCGCGCGCUGUGCCGAUUUAUGCCACCACCUCAUAUACUUUCGAUGACUCGGCGCAUGGCGCGAGGCUCUUUGGCCUCAAGGAGUUUGGCAACAUUUACAGCCGUAUUAUGAAUCCUACUGUCGAUGUUUUCGAGAAGAGAAUUGCGGCGCUCGAGGGCGGUGUAGCAGCACUGGCAGCAUCAUCAGGACAGGCCGCUCAGUUCAUGGCCAUCCUUACGCUGGCGCACGCAGGAGACAACAUCGUCUCGACUUCGAACCUCUACGGCGGCACCUACAACCAGCUCAAAGUCGCCCUCCCCCGCCUGGGCAUCACAACCAAGUUCGUCAACGGCGACAACCCCGACGACUUCAAAGCCGCCAUCGACGAAAACACCAAAGCCGUCUACAUCGAGUCCAUCGGCAACCCCAAGUACAACAUCCCAGACUUUGAAAAAAUCGCCGCCAUCGCCCACGAGGCUGGCGUCCCCGUCGUCGUCGACAACACCUUCGGCGCCGGCGGCUACUUCGUGCGGCCCAUCGACCACGGCGCCGACAUCGUCGUGCACUCGGCCACAAAAUGGAUCGGCGGCCACGGCACCACCAUCGGCGGCGUCAUCGUCGACAGCGGCAAGUUCGACUGGGGCAAGCACGCAAAGCGCUUCCCGCAGUUCAACGACCCCUCGGAGGGCUACCACGGCCUCAAGUUCUGGGACACCUUUGGCCCCAUUACAUUCAUCAUCCGCGCGCGCGUGGAAAUCCUGCGCGACUACGGCGCCGCGCUCAACCCCUUUGCCGCCCAGCAGCUCAUCCUCGGGCUCGAGACCCUGUCCCUCCGCGCCGAGCGGCACGCGUACAACGCGCUCAAGCUCGCACGCUGGCUCGAGAGCAACCCCAACGUCGCGUGGGUGUCGUACCCCGGUCUGGAAUCGCACCCCUCCCACGCCACCGCGAAGAAGUACCUCAAGCGCGGGUUCGGCGGGGUGCUGUCGUUUGGCGUCAAGGGCGGGGGCAAGGCGGGCAGCCAGGUCGUGGACAACUUCAAGCUCAUCAGCAACCUCGCGAACGUGGGAGAUAGCAAGACGCUGGCUAUCCACCCCUGGACGACGACGCAUGAGCAGCUGAGCGAUGAGGAGAAGGAGAGCUCGGGGGUUACCGAGGAUCUCAUCCGCAUCUCCGUCGGCACCGAGCACAUCGACGACAUCAUCGCCGACUUCGAGCAGAGCUUUGCCGCGAGCGCGACGAAGCCGGAUGAGAAGGGCGCCCCGGCGAAUGCCGAGAACGCCGGAACCACGGAGACGCAGGGCUCGCUCGCGGGGUCGACGUAGAUGGAUUCGUCAACCCUGAGUUGUGGAGGAGUGCCCAAUAUACCACGUGGACGGGCAGGCGAUGUAGUACUAACUGGCGACGCAACGCACAACAGAUUCUUCUCUACACACGCGGGAGACACGUAUUCAAGCGCUGGAUGUGCAUGAUCGGGGUAGGGCGUGCAACCGGCUUCUGCGGUUCUUGGGCAUGGCGCGUUAGAUAGGUCUGUCUGUCGUUGCGCGUGGUCGUGUCUAAGACUUCGCGUCCAUAGAGCAUAGUAAUAGCAUCAAGCUCUAGGCUCGUCCCGGCUCUUUCUGUACGAACGCGUG